AUCACUGCGGCUGCUGGGGCUACGUGGCUGCCGGGAGUGGGGGGCCAGUGCGACGCGGCCGGGAAGGCGGGGCGCGGCCAGGGGGCGGCGCGGAGGCCCGGGCAGAAGCAUGCGCCCUGGUCCGCCCCCCGCCCCCGGCCGCCCGAGCGCAGCCAGCUGAGCGGCGGGAGCGGAGCGCGGCCGCGGCGGAGGCGGCGCCCAGGGAGGGCGGGCGGCGGGGCCAAGCGCAGCGCAGCGCUCUGGCCAUCGGCAGGCUCCACCGCCAGGAUGCCCCGGCCCGAGGGCCGCUCCGCCGCCAGCCACCCCCGCGGCCCCUGGCGGCGGGCGCUCAGUGCCGGGGCGCGGGAACGGCAGCCGGAGCCGGAGGCGGGAGCAGCGAGCGGGAGCCACGGGCGCCUCAAUGCCGGCUGCUCGUGGUCCCUGGCAUCACCGGGCCCCCAAGUGGUGUGAGGGCAGGCGCAUUGCAGAGAGGCCCGGCUCUGAGGAGGAUGCUCCGGGCGCUCGCCAGCUCCUCUGCACCAUGAGUGAAGAGAGGCGGCUGCCGGGCAGUGCGGUAGGCUGGCUGGCGUGCGGAGGCCUGUCGCUGCUGGCCAACGCCUGGGGCAUCCUCAGUGUGGGCGCCAAGCAAAAGAAGUGGAAGCCUCUGGAGUUCCUGCUCUGCACGCUGGCCGCCACCCACAUGCUCAACGUGGCGGUGCCCAUUGCCACGUACGCUGUCGUGCAGCUGCGGAGGCAGCGUCCGGACUACGAGUGGAACGAGGGCCUCUGUAAGGUCUUCGUGUCGACGUUCUACACCCUCACCCUGGCCACCUGCUUCUCCGUCACCUCCAUCUCCUACCACCGCAUGUGGAUGGUCCGAUGGCCGGUCAACUACCGGCUAAGCAACGCCAAAAAGCAGGCGGUGCACACAGUUAUGGGCAUCUGGAUGGUGUCCUUCAUCCUGUCGGCCCUUCCUGCCGUUGGCUGGCACGACACGAGCGAGCGUUUCUACACCCACGGCUGCCGCUUCAUCGUGGCCGAGAUCGGCCUGGGCUUCGGCGUCUGCUUCUUGCUGCUGGUGGGAGGCAGCGUGGCCAUGGGCGUGGUCUGCACGGCCAUUGCCCUCUUCCAGACGCUGGCCACGCAGGUGGGGCACCGGGCCGACCGCCGCGCCUUCACCGUGCCCACCAUCGUGGUGGAAGACGCACAGGGCAAGCGCCGCUCCUCCAUCGACGGCUCGGAGCCUGCCAGAACGUCGCUGCAGAUCACGGGCCUGGUGGCCACCAUCGUGGUCAUCUAUGACUGCCUCAUGGGCUUCCCUGUGCUGGUGGUGAGCUUCAGCAGUCUGCGGGCGGAUGCUUCCGCACCCUGGAUGGUGCUCUGCGUCCUGUGGUGCUCCGUGACGCAGGCCCUGCUGCUGCCUCUGUCCCUCUGGAGUUGCGAUCGUUACCGGGCGGAUCUCAAAGCGGUCUGGGAGAAGUGCAUGGCCCUGAUGGCCAAUGAUGAGGACUCUGACAAUGAGACCAGCCUAGAGGGCGGCGUCUCCCCCGACCUGGUACUGGAGCGCUCCCUUGACUACAGCUAUGGAGGUGACUUCGUGGCUCUGGACAGGAUGACCAAGUAUGAACUCUCCGCCCUAGAGGGAGGCUUACCCCAGCUCUACCCUCUGCGACCACUGCAGGAAGAUCGGAUGCAGUAUCUGCAGGGCGCGGGGAGGCAUCGGUGCGGGUUUCCAGGAGGGCAGCCCUGUUUCAGCCCGGCCGGGUGCUCGCAGGUCCCGCCCACCCGGCGGUUCUCCCACGAUGAUGCCGACGUGUGGGCGGCCGUCCCGCUGCCCACCUUCCUGCCACGCUGGAGCUCGGGCGAGGACUUGGCAGCCCUGGCACACUUAAUGCUGCCCGCGGGCUCCGACCGGCGGCGCGGGAGCCUGCUGGCCUUCGCCGAGGAUGCGCCCCCGUUCCGCCCGCGCCGUCGCUCUGCCGAGAGCCUUUUGUCCCUGCAGCCCUCUUCCCUAGACGGCGGCCCGCGUCGCGCCCACGACUCGCCUCCCGGCAGCCCGCGUCGCCGCCCGGGGCCCGGCGCCCGCUCCGCCUCGGUCUCGCUGCUGCCGGACGCCUUCGCGCUCACCGCCUUCGAGCGCGAGCCGCAGGCUCUGCGUCGCGUGCCCGCCCCGGCGCGGCCCUUCCCCGCUGCCCCCGACGGCGCGGAGCCUGCUGAGCUCCCGACGCCCCCUGGUGGCCGUGCGCAGCGCAGCCAGGGACGCCGGGCCUCGCGCGCGCACGCGGGGCCCCUGCAGAGCAGCCUGAGCGCGUCGUGGGGCGAGCCCGGCGGCCUGCACGCGGCAGGCUGCGGCAGCACUAGCAGCUUCCUGAGCUCGCCCUCCGAGUCCUCGGGCUACGUCACGCUGCAUUCGGACUCGCUGGGCUCUGCGUCCUAGGACCCCCAGAGACGCCACGCAGACGGAAGAGGCACAGCGCCAAAGAUGCCGCCACAGGUGUCGGGCGCCACUAAGCGCCACCUAAGCUAGGGGUGAAUGGAUAGUGGGCUCUGCAGCCCCUCUUACAAUUCCUUCUGGUGUCGCCUGGAGGGACGAAUGGCCACCCUGGAUGGCUGCACAGGACAUGGACCUGCUGCACGGCAUCUCCCAGGAAGGGUCAGCCUGUGCCUGUGUAGCGAGUGACAUCUGCACGUUUUGUACACCUCUGAGGCUAGACCGGGGUGUAGGGAGCCCUGAGACCCGACCACCUUGAGAAAGGACGUUCUCAGAGAAGCUUAAGGCGGAAGUCACGACUGCAUCCGAGUUCCCGCCCUGCCUCUGCCUCACCUCUAGGGCGUGGCAUGUAGAGGGUCGCAAGCACAGGAGUCGUCAGAGCCCAAACAAGUUCUAUUGAGCGGGCUUCCCACGUGGCCUGCUUCAGUUUCCCUAUCUCCGAAGAGUGGAUGACCAUGACAUACAUCUCUCAGGGCUGUUUGAAGAACACUCCAGGUCUGUGUGCCCUCACACUUGAGUGGACCAGGUGUGAGAGGUAGUGAGGGCCCUUUGUUAGGGCCUGCAGCAUGUGGGCCCCAGAUGUGAGGUCCCUCAGUCUCGAUGACCUUUGCCCUCUUGGAGACUCGCCCCACUUUAGCUAAAGCACAACACCAUGGGUAUAUGACAGCACCUCGACCCCUGUUAGUGUCCCCCAUGCUGAAGAUUCCACCGUAUUGCCUGUCUCCCACUGUCAGCCGCCCGUGGUCCUGCUGUGAAGGCUGCAGGCACCUGACACAGAGAACCAAAGCACGUGGAAGGGAACUCCCGAGUUUCAGGGCCGGCUCCAGCUUUGCUUCCUACCUGUCCGGGCAAAGUCCCCGGAAAGGGUGUCCUGUAACCCCUUCCCCCGCUAGAAGGGCUUUGCUCUCCCCUGGGUAGACCCCUUUCCAGGUCUGGGCUGUGCCAGGGACAUUGGUAUUCCCAGAAGAGACCCAGGGCUGUGAGCUGUGAGCAGAGGGGUGGAGCUGUCACCACACAGCAGAACUCUCUGUGUUGGGACCUGGAGAUAGUCUCGAGGCCAGCUCUGGUGGGGGUGGGGUGGGAGACGGGCCUAUCCCAGACCUCAGAGGUCUCUGUAACCUCUGGUUAAGUGAAAGAUAUGCUACCACAGAAGAGCAGAGCAGGAGACUGUGGUCCUUUGGACUUGGGAGAAGCUGCCUCUGGCCAUGUGCUGCCGUGCCUUUGGGGUUUGACAUGUCAUACAGGGCAGAGGCCACCAGCUCGCUCGCUGCUGUCUCCCUCACAGGUCUCAAAUGACCAAUUUACCACUUGGGUUUCACUCUGUAUUUUGUAUUCAACGGCAAUACUUGUAAUGGGGACAUAGUCCCCCUAAGUCACUCCUCAUUUUUACAAAACUUCAAGGGCAAGCCGUAAACAGAGCGCCCUAGCCACCCAGGGCACUUUCACACGGUAGUUCAGCCUCCCUGUGUGCUGACAGCUGGAAGGACCUUGGCCCUGGGGUUUCUGGUAAGAGAGCUAUCUCUACACCACCACCCAGCCCAGAGGCAGGGAUUCGUUUGUAGGUUUUUGGAAACAAAAUAAAACAGCAUUUCUUUUCUGUACAGAAACCAAUAAAAACUUCCUCAUGGUUUGCA